GAGACAGAAUGUUCUGGAGUUGGUGGUGGUAGCGCCACCGCGCCCAUGGUUGUGAGCGGUGAUUUCAUAUGGAUUCCAGGUGCGGAAACAGAGGCCUCCCAGCUGGCGUCGUGCCCUCACGCCCCUGGCCCCACAGGCCCCACCGGCCCCAGGAGCAGGGGUGCAGCUGAGCCCCGCACGUAAUCGGUGCUCCGCAUGCCUGCUGAUGGAAUGCGAGGGACCCUCCCUGGGUGCUCCCGCCUCCGGGACCUCCCUUCCUGGGCUCGGGGACGGCAAGCAGCUUUCCCAGGCCACCGUGGCCAGCCCAGCAGCGGCUCUGUGCUGCAGCGGGGGUGGGGUCACCCUCGGGCCGAUGCCCAGUCCUGCUCUGAGCGUGGGGGCCACCCCAGCAGCAACCUCGUGGCCGGGCCUCCCCCGCCUCUCGCUGCAGCCUGCUGAGCUCAUUGGCCCAGGCCCGGGCCUCCAGGCACCUGUUGCUGUCUGUCUGGGGGCCACCCUCCCCGUGCUCCAUCUGUCCAGCGGGCUCACUGUGGCGGCUGUGCAACGCCUUUUCUGCAGCCCCCCUCCCGCCCAACUCCGGAUCCCAGGCUUCUCAGACGUCUCCAUGACAACCAGGGCCUUGCAGGAGCUGGAUGGGGGCCUGGGCAGCUGCCAAGCAGGCCAGGACCUCUCCACGCUGGCUGACCCCUGCCCUGACCAGCCCCUGGAGGACAGAGCUCGAGCAACACCGAGACUGGCCGACUCUAGCAGCUGGUCCCAUGAUUCUCAAGAGCCGGCAGCAGAGGGCAGCCCCACAGGCAAUGUGGAUGCCAGGCCCAAGAAGACAGAAAAAGAGCCUGUGACCAAAGUGGCCCUGGGAGCUGGGAAAGAGAGGCUGAAAGCUGGAGCAACUCCCCGGAGCCCCGCCCGCAAGAAGGCGCAGGCCGCCCCUCCCCCGCAGCGGCCACCGCCGCCCCCGACCCCGGCCCUGAGCGAGGAGCUGCCCUGGGGAGACCUGUCACUCAACAAGUGCCUGGUGCUCGCCUCACUCCUGGCGAUGCUGGGUUCGGCCUUCCAGCUGUGCCGCGAUGCUGUGGCGGGGGAGGCAGGUACCCCUGCACCUGUCCCCGAGCCGUGGGUACCGCCCAGGUCGGCACCGGAGCCAGCGUCGCCCCGGCCCCCGCCCCCGCCGAAGCCCGAGGCCUGGGUCCCCCCAUCGGGACCGCCCGCGCCCCAGGUGGAGGCAGAGGAGAAGGCCGAGGUUCCUGGGAGCCGGGAGGCUGCAGACAAGGCUGCUGGGGAAGAGCGCGCGCCCAAGGAGACGCCUCGGAAGGAGGAGAGGCCUCGGCGGGAGAGGCCGCGGAAGGAGCAGAGGCCGCCGAAGGAGAGGCCGCGGAGGGAGGAGAGGGCUCGGAAGCAGGAGAAGCCACGGGCCGCCAGGGAGCCCCGAGGAGCCCUACCGCGGCGCUGGGAGGCAGGCGAAGGGGGCCGUCGGCCUUGGACGCAGGACUCUGGAGACCCCGGGCGCAGGAAGAGGCAGGCCUGGGGCUCCCCGCGGCGCCCGGACGGGGACCGGCCUCCGGGCCGCCAGAAGCAGCGGGCUGGCAAGGGGCGGGACUGAGCCAGGCCUCGGUACUGUGACACACAGUCCAGGUACCCCCCGCUCGGUGGCCCCCGCGGUUCAGUGAAAUAAAUUGAGUGCUGCAGCCCC